CCGGCCCUGCCCGCCCAGCCCCGCCGAGCCCGGCCUGAGGAGGCGGCCCCGGCCCCAUGGAGUGCUACUACAUUGUCAUCAGCUCCGCGCAUCUCAGCAACGGGCACUUUCGCAACAUCAAGGGAGUUUUCCGCGGCCCCCUCAGCAAGAACGGGAACAAAACUCUGGAUUAUGCUGAAAAGAAAAACACGAUAGCAAAAGCUCUGGAAGAUCUUAAAGCCAACUUCUACUGUGAACUCUGUGACAAGCAGUACUAUAAACACCAGGAGUUUGACAAUCACAUUAACUCUUAUGAUCAUGCUCACAAACAGAGGCUGAAGGAACUGAAGCAGAGGGAGUUUGCUCGAAAUGUAGCAUCUAAGUCACGAAAAGAUGAAAGAAAACAGGAGAAAGCCCUUCAACGUUUGCACAAGCUAGCUGAGCUAAGGAAAGAGAGAACCUGUGCUCCUGGAAGCGGCCCUAUGUUCAAAUCCACCACAGUGACUGUGCGAGAUGAUUGCAAUGACAUCCCCAAAAGUGCUGCCAUAGAUUCUGCCAAGAGCCAGGAUUUCAGCUGUACACUAAUGCAUGAUGCACAGAACUGCAAAGACAUUGCUUCUGUUAUUUCUUCCGCUCCUGGAGAUGCAGGUAGUCAUCAAUCCGACCCUAACAAAUGUGGAGAUCAGGUUCAAGGAACUCAAGGACACAGAGUUGGGUUCUCCUUUGCUUUUCCUAAGAAAGCAGCAGUCAAGCUGGAGUCUUCAGCUGCUGUUUUCUAUGAGUUUAAUGAGGAGACCUCCAUGGAACAUGGAUUUAGCAGAAGGAGCAGGUUUGUUCCGGGAACGUGUAACCUUCAGUCUCCUUCAGCAGCAGAAAUAGUUGUGUGCCCUGAGGAGAAACACAACUGUUUUCACCCACUGGUGGAAAAAUGCGUAGACACAGCAGAAGCUCCUGAAGCUCAGGAGUCAAAAGAGCUGCCCAGUGAAGGGAGCAGCGUGCUGGAGAGCCCAGCUUUGCCUGCUGCCAUGUCCCACUCGAAGCAGCUGCUCUCCUCAGACACGGAUGGCCACGGUGUGGAUGUUGGCACGGCUGAAUUAGGGGACCAAAGGCUGGCCCUGGUUGCAGACAGUGCCCAGGUCCUGCCCCUGGACAGCAGCGGGCACGAGCUGCAGGCAAGCAGAGCUCCCGUGCAGGAACUUGUGGAGGAUUGCUCCUCUCUGCAGGAUGUUGCAGAGGAAAGUUGUAAUGGUGGGAACAGUGAUCCACCCGCAACUGAAACAGAAAGAAAAAAUCUGGGGGCUGAUGCAGCAGUUCCAUCCCCCUCUGAAGAAGGUAGUGGAGCCCCAAAGAGCAAACCGGACAUAUACAAGAGACCCUGUCAGCCCUUUGUUCCUGUUCUUAGCAAAUAUGGAUCAAAUAUUCUUCAGUGGCCAUCAGAAAUGUUAAUUUACACAAAUACAGACCCAUCAAUUUCUUACAGCUGUAAUCCUUUAUAUUUUGAUUUUAAGUCAUCAAGAGCAAGUGAAAGCCAAGAAAAGCCCAAGCAUCAACCAAAAAUACCUCAUUUGCACCAUAAAACUGAAUCUGAUCAUAUCUUAGUCUCAGAUUUUACAAAAAGACCUCCUUCAGAGUGUGGUGAUUAUGAAGUAGAAGUGAAUAAAAAUGUGUGCAACUAUACAAUACCCCUGUUAAGUGAUGUUUCCCUCUUCAGAAAUUGUGACCUUGCAAAAAAUCAAAACAAAGUGUCCUUGGAUGAGUCAUUCAGGAUUAGAAAAAUAGAAAAGUAUCACAUAUCUCAUAACCCCUUACGACAAAACACUGUGAUAGAUGAGAAAUACAACAAAGUCUGGAUCAAAGAAGGCCAUGAAAAAUGGCUUCACAAAAGCAGAAAACGGAAAAGGAGAAGAAAAUUAUGUCAUUGUCAUUAUCAUCACUGUGGAGACACAACAGUAGCAGAAAUGGAGAUGUCUCCAGUUACUGAAAAAGAAGUUACUUAUAGAGAUGAAAAUAAAUAUCAGCACCUCCAAAAUAAUGCAGAGAAGUGCAGGCACGAUGCAGGAAAUAUCUGGUUAUGUGCAGGUGAGGUGCAGCAGUCACAGCCAAAAUUCGGCAUUGAAAAUGGUCCUAAGAGAGUUGUGUCUGCAUCAGAUCACAUACACUGGGACAGAGGCUGGUGUGACUUUUGGAGUGCAAAAAACAGUGGCCAUCACCAUGGUUGUAAGGGACCCCACAGAAAGAGCAGAGCGAGCUCCCGGAGGCAGGCAAAGCAGCCGAGCUCCAGGAGGCACAGCCUCAGGCACUCUAAAAGGUGCUGUAGCUGGAAAGCCAGGAGGUCAAGCUGUAGCCCAGAGCAUAAAUGCUCAGGACAAUGCAGUGAGGAGAAGGGGCUGAGCCAAAACCAGUCCACAAAGAGAGGUUACAAUGUUCUGACAGAAGAACCCGAGAAACCCCACCGCAAGCGGAGGCAGCACACCUAUUCCUCUUCCUCGGAUGAAAGCUCCUGUGGACAGGCCUUAUCAGCAGAGGAAUAUCUAAGGCAAGGACAUGCUUUAGGUGCCUAUCACAAGGCAAAAGGGAAACGCAGGAAAAGGAAGACUAGGAUCCAUCACGUUUUCCUUGACAGGAAUACAAAAAGCGAGACCUCCGAAUCUUCCAAAGAAAAUUCUGAGAAUUCUACGUUAAAUAUUAUGGGGGACUUACUGACUCAAGACAAUCUAGAGGAAACUAGUGCAGCUCCUAGAGAUGCGGAUGCAAAAGAUAGGGAUGAAACAAUGGAGCUGGAGGAGAGCAAGCCUCCUCUGGAAAGUGCUGGCCCGCAGGUGCUGGAAGACGAUAAACCGGCGGCGUGUGCAGCGAUGGAGAGCGCACCGGCCGCGCUUCCCGAUGGCAUCGUCACAGGUUCUGCUGCUUCUGCCGCCCCUGAGCAGAGCGCUCCAGCAGCUGCAGUCAAACAGGGUGCUCCCCAAGAGGGAAAGAAAAAGGAGAAUGCCAACAGCCGCGAAAGUCAAGCCCGUUACAAAGUUCCCGUCCCCAACAGGCACUUGGAACAAAGCGCUCCUAAAUCCUAUCUUUGCCAUUAUGAGUUGGCCGAGUCUCUACCGCACGAGAAAAUGGGUGAGGUGGCCGGUGAAUGGGUGCAGUGUAAUCCCGGCAUAUUCAGCAGCCCGCCGCCCUUGCCAUUCAAAGAAGCACACGUGAACACUCACACCUUUCUAACCACCGAGCAGUUAAUAGCCCCCUUCCCGCUGCCCGAGCAGACUCUGCUCUUCCCUCCCGACAGCCCCGAGAAGUUCAAGGAGCUGCCGUCGGAGGCGUAUCAGCAGAUGGUGCCGCAGUCCGUGCUGUCGGGCAAAGUGAAGUUCGCCUUCGCGCCGCCGGCCGUGCAGCCGCCGCUGCCGCCGCCGCCGCCGCUGCGCUCCGCCUCGGUGACCACCAUCCAGCACACCGUGCUGCAGCAGCACGGCGGCGCGCUCAAGCUGCUGCAGCCGCACCAGCAGUUCCUGUCGCAGGUGCCGGCUCUCUCCCGAGCCCCUCUGCCCGCCGUGGCCGUGGCGCCGCGGCUGUGCCCGGCGGGACACGCCGCGCUGCUGGCCCCGCCGCACCUGCCGCUGCUGCCGCCCGCGGCGCUGCCGCCCGCCCCGCUGGCCUUGCCCCCGCUGCCGCACGCCGUCUUCCCCUCCCUGCUGGCCCCGCACCCGGCUGUCAUCCCCCUGCAGCCGCUCUUCUAGGACACCAACAGCCUUUGCUGUUUCUGCAGUCCUCCCGCCCCGAGCUUUGCAAAGCGGUUCUGGGAACUAAACUGGUUAAAAUCCCUCGUUCCUCGGGAAGCAUUUACUGUAAGUAUAAUGAUGCAACGAACGUUCAUGGCAAGUUCGGACCUAUACUAUCGCUAAAGCACUGAAUAGUCUGAUACUGAUUAUGAACUCUAUAUAUAUAUGUGAAAAUCAUGUCUUAGAAUAUGUAUAAUGUAUAUAAAAUAUAUUUAUAGUUCUAUAACUUAUGUUGUAAAGUAUUCACUUUUUGUUUUUUAUCUUUGUGUAUUUGCACCUAUUUAAUGUUUAGACAAAGCUGAUGCACUAUGUUUUGUACUAUGUUCUCUGAAACUGUAAAUCUAGUGACAAACUAUCUCUUGCAAUAAAUUUUUGUUAACUACUUAAGUAUAUCAAAAAUCUUUCAUUAUAAGCCUCAUGGAUGUUCUUCCAUAUCCUUCUGCAGCUGAAUAGCAUCCUCUGCCCCUGCUAUGUUGGGAUAACCAGGUUUCCUACACGUCAGUGAUUUAUCAGGAAGGCUCAGAGGCCAAUACCUCGAGGGCAGCUGUCUCACCAAGCCAGAGAGAAAGGGUAAUAGAUGUGUUUGUGUUAGCAGCUUGAUGUCGCCAUGACAAAUUUUGCCCACUUGUACUAUGUGCACACACUGCUGACUGGUGGAGCUGAUCCCUAUUAUACUAAACCACAGAAAGGCAAUGUAAGAAAUAUAAUGCUGGUGAUGGAAGGGGAAGAAAGGCCAAUAUUGACACCAGUUUGGUUUCGAGGGAAUAUUGCUUGUAGUGGAAAGGUAGAGCCUUGGUUCCACCAAGCAGUUUCUCUGAUGGCCCACAGGUCUGUUGGAGAGAAGUCCUUGCUGCUGGGCAGUGUCUGAAGGCAGCAGGAGCACAGCAGAAUGAAGGGGAGGUCAUGAAACCCACCAGGGUUUGAUAGAAAUUCUUACCUCACUUCACCUCUCUACUUCCUGCAGCAUUUCACUAAAGAAGCAGAAUAACACAGAGUAGAGGUUAAUUGAAGUAAUAAUAUACCGCCAUUGUUUCUAACUGUAUUUCAGAGACUUCUCCCUACCUCUGCAGCCUUUUCAUUGCUGUCAGAUCUCACCCAGCUUUAGCUGAUGAAAUCUCCUCAUUUGCUUUAGCAUGAGGUAUAUCAGAGCCAUGCCUGCGACGGUCCAGAAUAAAAGCAGAAGUCAUUCUGAGAUGGAGCCAUCCCUCUGAGUUAAAAUGAAGUGUUAUCAUGUGAGUGAAGCCAAGGAUUUGCAGCAUGAAGGUUAGUGCUAGAAGUAGGCCUUCCAUGAUAAAAGGUAGAUAGGCUCUCCCAAUUAAUUACUUCUUUUCACCUUUUUAUAUACUAUAAUAAAAUCAUAUAAAGUUGAACUGAAAGAAUAGAGAAUUCUAAGUAUUAUUAAUAUACAUUGCAUAUUAAUAGCUACAGGCGUUAACAGUUUGCAAAGUAAUGUUAUAUCUUACAACAUAUAUAUCUGGAUCUUAUUUUCUGCAUCCAUAGCAUUAGAGCUUACCUGUAUGGAUAUUGCAAUUUUAGGAUAAUAUUACAUUAAAACUAUGGCAGACAACAUCUUGCCACUGUGAUUACAGAGUCAUCUGCUCCAGGGACGUGAGUUUCCCAUAUUGUGUGGUUGCAAAGGGCUAAUCUGUGUUAAAAGGCAAAGAGUUGAUAAGGAAGAGCAGAUGAGCAGCCAGGUUCUGGAGAGUGCCCAGAUUCCCCACCUGAGGCUGCAGCAGGGAGUGGGAGUGGGGUGCACCCACCCCUGUAAUGCCAGAGGGAAGGCAUAUUUUCUCUAGGUCCAGCUGCAGGUGAAUGCCCAUUUCUAUUCACAUGGUACCUAAAGAAUACAGGACUAAGUGACUUUAUCCUCCUUUAUUUCAAGAGUCUGCCUGCACAAGGUGUUUGUCUCCACCACCUCCUGUGGCCGAGCACUGGAUUCUGUUGGAAGUGGGAGGUUUGUCCUGGGUCACUUGGGUCCCUUGGGUGAGAUGUCCUGGCCUCUGCCCUUCUGCCCUCCUCUCUGGGAGCCAGCACACACCGUGCCCUGCGUUCUGAUCUCCCGUCAAAGACAAAAUCCAUCUCAUUGCAGAGUACAGUAAGAAAAACAAGAAUCCACAUAGGACAAAUACAGUUGCACAUUCUGGCAGAAUAAAAACAGCCAAUUAAAAAUUUUCAGUUGCAAUUUUCAUUGAAAAAUCUCAUCUGUGAACUUGGAAGUCCACAUUUUUUCACCAAAAUGUUCCAACAGCUUUGAGUUCUUCUUUUUCCUUACAAUUUAAAUUAUUUUAGGUUGUUAAACAGUUUUAAGACAUUGCACAAUUCUUUAUUAUCUACUGUAAUUGCUGUUCAAUAGUGUAUAAACUAUUUAAAAUAAAAGACUAAUAACCAUAAAAUGUAAUAAUUUUCUAAGAUGGUAUUGCCUUUAAUGCUAGAACUGUUUGUAUAUGUGACUUCAUAUGUAAAAGCAAAAGUAGUAUAAAAAUAAAUUAUAAGUUAAAUUUCAAAUUGAACACACUAAAUUAAAUUACCUAAUGAAAUAUUCUUUUGAGUUUCUGAUUUAUUAUUAAAUACAUAACUUCUAGUAAGUUAUAUAAGGGUAGUUCUUUUUUUGUAUCUUUUAUCUAGUAUUUUAGAUUAAAUGUGUGUUUUUAUUCCAUAAAUUGGUAAUCUAAUUUAGAAACAAAAACUAUUGCAAGUAAUAAAUAAUUGAUUUUUAAAAAAAUUCUAAAUAAAUUCUACCAAAUUUCUUAAAUCUAAGUAACUUACUUCUGAAUUUACAAAUUUGCACAGAUCUAGACUGUCUAUCCUCCUGGCCACUUUGCCAAAUUUAGAAUUUACUGGGAUUUCUUCCUAGUGCAAGCAGUAAAAGUGUUGCUCCCAAAGGGCAACAGAAUUAGACCUUGGGAUCGAGCCCUAUGUGAAGUUAGAGAAUUUGUGAUUUCCCAGAGCAGCUCUGAAAAGGAGUCUGUUCCAUUGAGAUGAGAAGAAAAUCUUUAUUUUGGUCCUUAGAAAGUUGCAGCCUGCCCAGACUGACCUUCCUGGGGACAUUCCAUUUCUCAGGUAAUGUGAGCCAUGAAAUAACGGUCCAGAGGAGCUCUUGGGCAUUAAGGAACGUUGUGAGGGACACUUGGGAGUAACUGGGCUCUUGUCUUGUGUCUCUUUUGUCUGUAAGUACACAGAACUUUUAAAAUGUUGCCAAUAUAUGCAAAGAACGGGGUUGUUAAUUUGGUUUCCUUCACAAUCUAGAAGCUGCACGAGCUGUUAAUUGCUGGGGAGAAAUCACCAGAUUUCAGAUUCUGCGCGAGUGAGCAAUGGGCUGUGGCCCACGGAGAAACUGCAGGUCACAGACUUUGGGAAAGGAAACACUUUGUAGGGAGGAUCAUUGAGUGAGAACGUUUUUACCUUUCAGAUUAAUCAAACAACAAAAUGGUCAUGAAGCAAUGUCUUCCUUAUUGAAAUGAUAACUUUUUAUUAGCUUGUCAACUCUUUGCACGUGUAAGAGUCCUUUUGGGUAUGGUAUUGAAACAAAGCUUUAAAAGGUAAUUGGAACAUCCAAUUCUCUUUACUCCUGUAAAUGAUGAUGUGAUGCUAAUACAACAGAUCACAUGGACAUAAUUUUUCUGACAAAUUUCUUUGCUGCAACUGUGCUUUUCCCUCAAAAUACUUGUUUUCCGUUAUGAUAAUAUUAACUUGAUAUGCUGCAGUUAAAAUACAGCUUUAAAUAUAUUUGUUCAGAUUCUUCCUUGGUGUAAAUUUAUGUACAGCUUCUGGCUUAUGUUUGUUACUACCAAAAAUCACUCGUGCUGCAAUACCCAGGGUUUUGUUAACUGCCCCAGAUUAAGGCAAUAUAUUAUGACCA